CCUGGCUGGAGGUGAGGUGAGGCCUGGCUGGAGGUGAGGCCUGGCUGCGGGGCUGCCGGGCGGGUUAGGCCAUGAACUGCCGGGCCCAGGCCCUGGAGCUGACGGUGGAGGCGCGGCAGGUGGAGGAGGCGGUGUUGGCGGCGCUGCACACGGUGCUGCUGCACCGGAGCUCCGGGAAGUUCCACUACAAGAAAGAGGGCACUUACUCCAUCGGUACCGCGGGCUCCGAGGACGUGGACUGCGACUUCGUGGACUGCACCUACGUCAGAGUCUCCUCCGAGGAGCUCGACCGCUCCCUCCGCAAGUCUGUGGGGGAGUUCAAGGACGCACUGCGUAACUCUGGCAGUGAAGGGAGCGGCCAGAUCUCCCUGGAGUUCUACCAGAAGAAGAAGUCCCGCUGGCCGUUCUCGGACGAGUGCAUCCCCUGGGAGGUCUGGACCUUCAAGGUCAACGUGGUCAACCUGGCCAACGAGCAGGAGAGGCAGAUCUGCCGUGAGAAGGUGGGCGAGAAGCUGGGCGAGAAGAUCAUCAACAUCGUGGAGGUCAUGAACCGCCACGACUACCUGCCCAAGAUGCCCACCCAGUCGGAGGUGGACAACGUCUUCGACACGGGCCUGAAGGACGUGCAGCCGUACCUGUACAAGAUCACCUUCCAGAUCACCGACUCGCUCGGGACGUCUGUCAGCACCACCAUGAGGCGACUGAUCAAAGACACGCUGGCUUUGUAGUCCACAGGUCACGCACUCGACUGAUGUACAACUGCGCUAAGCAGCCUAGCUGAGAUUGUUUGUGUUUUACUGUGACCCCCCCCCCAUCCAUUCCCCACUCUGUCCCACCGCAUUUACCGCCCCCCCCCCAAAAAAAAAAUUGAAAAC